GUAGAAGAAGGAGGGUUCGUGGGUUCUCUCGCAGACAUCUGCAGACCGGUGCUUUUUUGGAAGAGAUUUUUUUUUUUUUCCUCUCCUCUCUCUCUUUACAAACCACAAACGGAUGUGAGGCAGGGAAGGUGUUUGACUACUGAAGUCAGGCACCUCUUUUUUUAUUCUUCUCAGUCUUGUGUGUCCCCCCCCUUCCCUCACAUACACACACACACACACACACACACACACACACACACAUACACACACGCUCCUCCCCCCCCCCCCCCCUUUUUUUUUGCACCAACAUUAACGACCAAAAGAAAAGGAAAGGAGUUUGCUUGAUGUUUUAGUGAAAUGGACGUAAGAUUUUAUUCACCACCUCCUCAGCCUGCAGCCGCUCCUGAUACGCCUUGUUUGGGACCUUCCCCCUGCCUGGACCCCUACUAUUGCAACAAGUUUGACGGUGAGAACAUGUAUAUGAGUAUGACAGAACCAAGCCAGGACUACGUGCCAGCCAGCCAGUCUUUUCCUGGCCCAAGUCUCGAAAGUGAAGAUUUCAACAUACCUCCUAUAACUCCUCCGUCAUUGCCUGACCACUCCCUGGUGCACUUGAAUGAGAUAGAGUCUGGGUACCACUCUCUGUGUCAUCCCAUGAACCACAAUGGCCUCCUUCCAUUCCACCCUCAAAACAUGGAUCUACCUGAAAUUACAGUUUCCAACAUGCUUGGCCAAGACGGGACACUGCUUUCCAAUUCCCUUUCUGUGAUGCAAGAUUUACGGAAUACAGAAGGAGCCCAGUAUAGUUCCCAUCCUCAGAUGGCAACCAUGAGGCCAAGGGUUCAACCUGCAGAUAUUAGGCAGCCAGGAAUGAUGCAGCACGGGCAGCUGACUACUAUUAACCAGUCCCAGCUCAGUGCACAGCUUGGUUUGAAUAUGGGUGGAAACAAUGUUCCUCACAACUCGCCCUCUCCACCUGGAAGCAAAUCUGCAACUCCUUCACCAUCCAGUUCAGUCCAUGAAGAUGAAGGAGAAGAUAGCUCUAAGGUCAACGGUGGCGAGAAGAGACCUGCUUCAGAUAUAGGGAAGAAACCGAAAACUCCCAAAAAGAAGAAGAAGAAGGACCCAAAUGAGCCACAGAAGCCUGUGUCUGCCUAUGCAUUAUUCUUUCGAGACACUCAAGCAGCCAUCAAGGGCCAAAACCCCAAUGCUACUUUUGGUGAAGUCUCUAAAAUUGUAGCUUCAAUGUGGGACGGCUUAGGAGAAGAACAAAAACAGGUAUACAAGAAGAAAACUGAAGCUGCCAAGAAGGAGUAUCUGAAGCAGUUAGCUGCCUACAGAGCAAGCCUUGUAUCCAAGAGCUACAGCGAACCUGUGGAUGUUAAAGCCUCCCCACAACCUCAGAUGAUGAAUUCAAAGCAGCCAGUGUUUCAUGGGCCUGCCCAGGCUCACUCUGCACUGUACCUCGGUUCCCACUACCACCAACAACAGGGAAUGAAUCCUCACAUCACUGCCAUGCAUGCCAAUAUCCCCAGGAACAUAGCGCCCAAGCCCAACAACCAAAUGCCAGUGACUGUUUCCAUAGCAAACAUGGCUGUGUCCCCACCGCCACCUCUUCAGAUUAGCCCCCCUCUGCACCAGCAUCUCAACAUCCAGCAGCACCAGCCGAUCCCAAUGCAGCAGUCCAUUGGAAACCAGCUACCAAUGCAGGUCCAGUCUGCUUUACACUCACCUACAAUGCAGCAAGGAUUUACUCUUCAGCCUGAUUAUCAGAAUAUCAUCAAUCCAACAUCAACUGCUGCACAAGUUGUUACCCAAGCAAUGGAGUAUGUUCGUUCAGGGUGCAGAAAUCCUCCAGCACAGACUGUGGACUGGAAUAAUGACUACUGCAGUAAUGGGGGCAUGCAGAGGGACAAAGCACUCUACCUUACCUGAAAAUCUGAAACACCUCUCCUUUCCACUGAGGAAUGCAGGGAAGUCUUUUCAUCAUGGAUUGCUUUAUGCAGUCAAGGCAGUUCUGCAUUUUAUUAGAAAAUACAAGUUGCUAAGCACUUAGGACUAUUUGAGCUUGUGGGUCACCCACUCUGGAAAAAAUAGUCUUGCUUCUUUUCUUUUUUUCUUUUUUUUUCUUCCCAUUUUUUCUCUUUCUUUCUCCUUUCCACCCCUGCCCUGAGAUCCUUUAACGGACAUUGCUUUUCUUCUUCCCUGAAGGAAACUUGGACCAUUCAGAUUUUAUGUUGGUUUUUGCUGUGAAGUGCUGCGGUAGUAACUGCCUUAGCAACUGUAGAUGUCUCGGAUAAAAGUCCUGGAUUUUCCAUUGGUUUUUCAUAAUGGGUGUUUAUAUGAAACUACUAAAGACUUUUUAAAUGGCUUGAUGUAGCAGUCAUAGCAAGUUUGUAAAUAGCAUCUAUGUUACACUCUCCUAGAGUAUAAAAUGUGAAUGUUUUUGUAGCUAAUUGUAAUUGAAACUGGCUCAUUCCAGUUUAUUGAUUUCACAAUAAGGGUAAAAUUGGCAAACAUUCAUAUUUUUACUUCAUUUUUAAACAACUGACUGAUAGUCUAUAUUUUCAAAGUAUUUGGAGAAAAAUAAGUAAAGUAGUCCCAAAUUAUAUUAAUUAAAAAUAUUGGCUUUGUCUCAUGAAAUAAAUACAAAAAAACUUAGGAGAAAAAACUAAUGUUGAUAAAGAGCAAACACAUUUAUUUUGUACUGCCUAAAAAAAUGCUUUUUUUUUAAAGAAAAUCACUUUAUGUGUACUGGUUAGUAAACGUCAUUUAAGUCCUUUUAUGUAUAAAACUGCCAAAUGCUUACCUGAUA